CCAUAACAUCACCGCACAUGGUGUACUGGAUUAUCUCUUCUUGUCAUUUUCUCUCACUUUCUUCCUCACUUCACACCACACUCACUUCAACUCGACUCGUUCACUCGUUCUUCACUCAACUCAGUUACUUCCACACCUCACUCAACCCAUCUAACUGAAAACGACUGCAAAAAUACUCCCAAUUUUCAUUUCUUAUUCAUUCCUCUUUCUCUCUCCUCUUUGUCCUUUUUUUCCCUCUUUCAAUUUCUAUCAUUUUCUUCUUCUGGUCGGAUUGAUGGAAACCCAAGAUCACAAAAAGCCUAAACAAUCAGGGUAUGAAGGGCAUAGUGGAGGAGUUCAUGUUUGUACUAAAUGUGGAUGGCCGUUUCCAAAGCCACACCCUAGUGCUAAGCACAGGAGGGCUCAUAAGAAGGUUUGUGGAACAGUUGAAGGCUAUAGGCUGGAUAAUGAUGCACAAGACAAGACCCAUUUGAUGGUUGGUUCUGAUGGUGAACAUGCUUCUGAUGAUGAACACAAAACCCCAAGUGGUAAAGUUGUGGAGACUACUAUAAACAGGAGGACUAGCAGUGGAGUUGGUAAUAGAUCAAGUAGGUCGACCAGAUCGGAAGAUGAAGUGUUUACUGAUGCUGUCACAGAAUUUGCUGACACUCCAAGUCCUGGAGAGGCCUCCGAUGGUAUACAGCGGUUUUAUUCGAUGCAACGUGUAACUCAGAAUGAUUUGGAUGAUAUUAAGCAUGCUGCAGAGAAGGCUGAUGCUGAUAAAUUAGGAGCCCCCAGCACACAUCUCAAUGACAAUCAGGAUCAAGUUCAACCUGUUCAGAAUUUGGAAGGUGACAAUGAUAGAAUAGAAGCUGGUAUUCUAUCUCAGGAUCAAAUCCCCAGUUUCACCUCUGGUCCAGCUCCAGCCUCAGCUUUAAUCACUAUAGAAAAUGAGAGUGAAGAUGAGGCAGCUGAUGAAAUUGUUUUGAGUAAGGGGAAGUCAGAACCUAGAACCUCAUAUAAUGAAACAACUGAGGAAGCAUCAGAAGAUGUUUCUGUUUUGGGAGAUAUGGAUAAAGGAGUUCUAGGUCCUGUCUCCGAUGGUGAAUUAGCAAAAUCGGUAGUGAUGAAAAUUACUGGUUCUGAAAACAAUGUUGAAUGCUCUCAGGCAGCAGGGCAACCAGUUGAAGUUAUUGAUCCUGCAAGUGGAGGCUCAGCCAAGUUAAGUGAUGUGACAGUGGAUCAUGGCCUAAAAUCUGGAGCUAAUGCAGAUGUCUAUGUUCUAGCUGCUCCUGAUGCUUUACCUCCGCAUAAGCAUCCUGAGAGAGCAGUCAAAGAUUUUGACCACGAAACAAGUGAAAGUAAGAAAGUCUAUUCUGAAAAUGAUAUUCUAAAAAGUGUUGAUGUCAUGGAGGGUAAACUUAACCAGGAUGUUGGGCAGAAAUCAAUAGCUGAGCAAAACCCUGUUGGUGAGCCAGUUCAAUUACCUGAUGUUGAGGCUUCUGAAGGUGACGUAAGUAAUUUUAGUUGCGAAGUAGUUUCUGACUUGAAGACUGAAAAUUUGGGAGAAAAAAUUAGCUGUGCUGAAGAGCAGAAACCCACUAUUGCAUUGAAUAAUGUCUUUCCUGAAGAGCAGAAACCCACUAUUGCAUUGCAUAAUGUCUUUCCUGAAGAGCAGAAACCCACUGUUGCCUUGAAUAACGUCUUUCCUGAAGAGCAGAAGCCUAUUUUUGCUGCUGAUAAUCCAGAGUGCACCUCAAAUGGAGCUUCCAACACAAGUAAUGGUGUUAAAAUUAAUGCUGAGCAUGUGGUUUUACAAGAAAUCAUUGACAAUGAAGUGUCAAGGAGUCUAUUAUCUGCUUCUGAUGUUGGCACAACUGAAUUCAGGAAUGAAGUAGUUUCUGACUUCAAGAAUGAAAAUUUGGAAGAAAAAAAUUUUAGUUGUGCUGAAGAGCAGAAACCCAUUGUUGCACUGAAUAAUGUAUUUCCUGAAGAGCAGAAACCCAUUGUUGCACUGAAUAAUGUAUUUCCUGAAGAGCAGAAACCCUUAGUUGCUGCUGAUAAUCAUGAGUUCACCUCAAAUGGAGCUUCCAAUGGUGUUAAAAGUAACUCAGAGCAUGUGUUUUCACAAGAAAUUGGCAACAAUGAUGUGUCAGGGGGUUUAUUAUUGGCUGAACAUGCUAUCAAUGACAUUCUACCCCAAUCUAAAGAGCUAAGCAAUAUCCAUGAUGGCUCUGAUACAGGUAAUAAUGAAAACAUUGGAGCUGCACAAACUCAUUUGGAUGGAAGUGGAGGCGAGGGUAAUGAGGCUGUUAAUGCUGAAACUGCACCUAGUGGCUCAAUUAUAGCUGGAUCUCGUGAUGGCAUUCAUGAGACAUUUGAGGCAAAUAGAUUUCAUGACCAUGUUAAAUCAGAUAAGACGGUGGAUCCUAGGGAUGUGAUAGCAGGUCAUACACUACCCAUGGUGGAGAGCACUGGUGGUAGUUCAGGAGGGGCAGAGUGUACAAGUGAAGAUGGUCUAGGUGCUAUUUCGAAAACCGACAAUCUUCCUGGUUCAAUAUCAAAGAUGAUAUCAACUGAUUCUUCAGCUGUUUGUUACAAUGCUCAACUUUCUUUGAAAAGCUCUGCUACUGUCGAUGACACCUUCACGGAUAAGUCUGCAGAGGAGGCCGAUGUGUUUGAAGGGGAUAGGAUUGUUAAGCCCCAUAUUGCUAUUUCAGGAGCUGAUAUUCUCCCAGAUUCUAGUAGCCAAACUGACAGUCUGGAAGGCAACUGGGGAUCUGUUUCAGUUAUGUCUGCAGUAUCAGACACACCACCUGCCAAUGACACUCCUGCAUUGAACCAAUCCCAGGUAUCUGCCUCAAAAGAUAAUGGCAUCUUGGAUGUGAAACCUAUGAUGGGAAGUCAACACCCUGAGAGUAAAUCGUCAGUUGAUCCUGUGGUUGGAGCGAUAGGAGGUGUAUCUGAGAUCCAGACAUUAGAGGAGCAGAAAGAGAAGGGUUCUGCCUUACAAAGUUCUUGGUCGACCUCGGUUGCUCAUUUGGAUAAUGCGCCACAUGGAGGAAAAAGAAAUGAGGAAAUUAUUGCCAAGGUAACCAACUGGAGCACCGAAAAGCAACAUCUGCCUUUGAAAACCCUUUUGGGAGAAGCCACUGCCAGAAGUAGAGCAGAAUCACCAAUUCACACACAUAUGAAACCCCAAACUGAUGAAACUCCAGUAGCAAAUAAUGAUGCUUCAAAGACAGAAAAUGUGAUUCUUAGUUCCAACAACCCCAUUCCAGAGGCGUCGAAGAUAGAAAUGGGAAAAGAAUGGAAUUCUCCAGCAAGGUAUCCGGUGAAUAUCAAGACAGAGAAGAGGAAGGGCAAGAACAAACCAUACUGGGCACCAUUUCUUUGUUGUUCAUCUGUCAAUGCUAGGUAGGAUAGCUGUUCAAGGUAAUGGAACGACUUGAAACACAUUUGAGGAGCAAUUUUCUUCGAUAAGUGGAAUGCUUGUUUAAUAUGCACAUGUUUAGGGUUUGUAAAAGAGAUGUCUAUAUGUUGGAUUUUUAAAGCCUAAUACUCUUGGUGAUCUUAUUAUACUAUGAAGUAUUUAGUUCAGAUUAUUAGUAUUUAGUUCAGAUUAUUGUUGCAUAGUGAAGAUUUGUGAGCGGAGUAAUUAUUGUUUUUGCUGUGAAAAGGAACUAGAGCCCUACUAUUAGUUUAUUUUCAGCAGAUUUUUUCUUAA